UCCCAGCCCAGUCUUUCCCAGUCUUGCCCAGCCGCUCUGGUGCUCGUGCUUCACCUCCUUGUCGCGGAGAGUCGCUGCCGAGUGGGCGCUGGGUUUUCGGGUCGUCAUGGCUGGUUACGAAUACGUGAGCCCGGAGCAGCUGGCUGGCUUUGAUAAAUACAAGUACAGUGCUGUGGAUACCAACCCACUCUCUUUGUAUAUCAUGCAUCCAUUCUGGAACACUAUAGUGAAGGCAUUUCCUACUUGGUUGGCACCCAAUCUGAUAACCUUCUCUGGCUUUCUGCUGGUUGUAUUUAAUUUUCUACUUAUGGCAUACUUUGAUCCUGACUUUUAUGCUUCCGCACCAGGUCACAAGCAUGUACCUGAUUGGGUUUGGAUUGUUGUGGGCAUCCUAAACUUUAUGGCCUACACUCUUGAUGGUGUGGAUGGAAAGCAAGCCCGUAGAACCAAUUCCAGUACCCCCUUAGGGGAGCUUUUUGACCAUGGCCUGGAUAGUUGGUCAUGUGUUUACUUUGUUGUAACUGUGUAUUCCAUCUUUGGACGAGGACCAACUGGUGUCAGUGUUUUUGUUCUUUAUCUCCUAUUAUGGGUAGUUUUGUUUUCUUUCAUCCUGUCUCACUGGGAAAAGUAUAACACAGGAAUUCUUUUUCUGCCAUGGGGCUAUGACGUUAGCCAGGUGACUAUUUCUUUUGUCUACAUAGUGACGGCAGUUGUGGGAGUUGAGGCCUGGUAUGAACCUUUCCUGUUUAAUUUCUUAUAUAGAGACCUAUUCACAGCAAUGAUUAUUGGUUGUGCAUUAUUUGUGACUCUUCCAAUGAGUUUAUUAAACUUUUUCAGAAGCUAUAAAAGUAACACCUUGAAACACAAUUCAGUCUAUGAAGCUAUGGUUCCCUUCUUUUCUCCAUGUUUGCUCUUCAUUUUGUCUACAGCCUGGAUCCUCUGGUCACCUUCAGAUAUUUUAGAGCUACAUCCUAGAGUAUUCUACUUUAUGGUUGGAACAGCUUUUGCCAACAUUACAUGUCAACUGAUUGUUUGUCAAAUGAGCAGCACACGGUGCCCAACUUUGAAUUGGUUGCUGGUUCCUCUCUUCUUGGUUGUUAUAACAGUGAACUUGGGAGUAGCCUCUUACCUUGAGAGUCUUCUCCUGUAUAUAUUAACAACUGUCUUUACUCUGGCCCACAUCCAUUAUGGAGUACGAGUGGUUAAGCAGCUGAGCAGCCAUUUUCAAAUUUACCCCUUCUCAUUGAAGAAACCCAACUCAGAUUGACUAGGAAUGGAAGAAAAGAAUAUUGGCCUGUAAUCUUCAGAAAGAAAUACUGUAAAUAGAUGCUUGUAAAUAUUUCAUCCAUCACCAUUGAACUAAACUGAUCUGCUUGACAGACAUGGGAUCUCAGUAUGUGUGGUACUUGGACAGCAGGAAUGAAACAUGAUCUGAACUUGUGGAAUUUUGGACCUUCUAACUUCCAGUUUACGUUAUUUUUUAUAAAACCAUGUGACAUUUUGGUUAAGCAUAAUGUUCAUUAGACCAGCAAACUCUUCCUAUUGAUUUUAGCUUCAUGAGUCCAUAAUAUUUUGGCUCAUACAGAGUGAAAGAUGUUUCGUUUUUAUUUUUAAAACCCCCAGAUUGGUUUAGGAACACUGAUAAUAUUCAGAAAACCACAGCAUGUUUUCAUAUUUGGUAUUUUAUAAUAGACAUUAGCUGUGGAGGUUAUCAAUAGCUCAAGUGUAAUAUAGGGGGAAAAAAAACCCCCAAGUUUCCUUUAGCCAGAGAUGCCAACUAUUACAGAACAAUAUGCAGUUGCCAAAUCUCGGUUUCUCUUUCCCAUGGAAAUUAUUUUUGUCCUCAGAGGCAAAGAGAUUCUCUAGUAUUCUGGCUGUCUUUAUUAUGGAAUAGAUCUUGAUAAAUGGUUUAAUUUUCUUUUAAAGAUUAAUAUUCUGUUUAUACUUAGUAGAGAAUGGGUUAUAAUUAUAGCUCAUCCAUUGGCAUAGUUCAUUGUUUAAAAGUGGCAUUUUCUCUCUCAGCUGAAGUUGCUGGGAUUUGGUGCCUGUGAGCUAUGAUUGUAAGAAUGUGUGUGACAGUCCCCCGUCUUGUGAUAAUUACUUGUGAGAAAUGCAGAUAAAGUACCUUCCAAGAGGAGAGUUAAAUUGGAGUUAGGAAUCUCGUGAACCUCACUAUAAACGAAGUUAGUUUUUCUGACCCAAUUUGUCUGUCUGUCCUUCCUUGCUUUUUCUCACUCUCCUUUUGGGGGUGAGAGGCUGUGUUUUUUAUUUCAUAUUGGAUAAAGCAGAGAGAAAUACUCUCUUCCUGAACUUGCCCACUUCUCCCCUUGAAGAAAACUUUUGAUACAUAUGCCUUACCCAGUACCUAUUCCCUUAAGAUGACUUGGAGUAAUUUAUAAGGUUUACUGAUGACAAAAAAAAAUCUCUUUACCCUUAUUGUGGUCAUUUUAUAAAUCAUUUCUCUUCAUAAAUGUGGAUAUUUUAUUCUCUUUAUUUUGACUUUGUCUUUAUUUAGUUUGGUGGUGGUGAAAUUUACUUGCUGAUUUUCUCUUAUUUUCUACUGAAUGAAGUUUGUGCUUGAAUGAAGAGUGUAUCUUAAACCCUUAUUUCUUUUUGGACAGGUUGCACUUGGAUAAAAUAGGCACCACUGUGUUGAUAUGUAAUUAAAUUCUUAACCAUUAUUUAUCUAUGAAUGUGAUUGUAGUUAAAUAUUAUAGUAUUAUAGUAUAGAUAUUCCUUUGUUGAAUUUCAGUCUGCUGCUUUGUAAAAAAAAUAACUGUAAUUGAUAUUUGUUUUUAAAUUUUUAAAUUCUAAUCAUUGUCAUCCAGGUUAUUAGAAAUGAGUCAAGGAGCUUCCUACUCAUUUAAAACAAAAUUGUAAAGGUUUAGCUUAGGUGACUUUUCUCUGAAAAAAAAGUAAAUACUGAAAAUAGAUGAGACAUUGAUAUAAUUUGGAAAUAUGGAUAGUGAAUCCAUGUUUGUUAUAAAUUGCCAUCAUGCAGAUUAGAGAAAUGAACCAAUUAAGUGAAGGUAACUGUUUUGUGUUUACCUUAUUUUGUGUCAUCUGUAAAAUUGAACUGGAUAAAGUAUUCAUUUGAAGUGGGGGGAAAACUUUGUUUUAAGAUUUCUUACCUAAUCAUUUUUACUGUUUUGUUGACCUUGUACAAAAGGAUGAGGUUAAUUUGUAUAAAAGAACUGAUAAAUAUUUAUAAAAUGACAAAUUUGGACCACAGAUUUUUUUUCACCUUGUACAGUGUAUUUAAAAAAAAAAAACAAAAAAACAACCCUUUAAUUCU